AUGACCAAAAGCAUAAUGGAAAACCUCUUGGUAGUGGUGAAAAUUAACAAUGUUUCCAAUGAUGAAACAGUUGUUGGUCGUCCUUCACUAAUGGCUAGUGUCGAUGUUUUUAAGCAACAUUUAGAGAAACAAGACUCGAUUGAUCAACAAAAUAAGCUUGAGGAUUUUUACUCUAAAAGUGCCUUCAGCACGAGAGGGAGAGUCUUAGAAACUUACAGGAGAUUCCUAAAACCUAAAAUGGCAGAGGCAUUAAUUUGCACCCAUAAUUGGUUAAAGUCGUCUUUUACCUAUUUCAAAGACUUGAACCUCAUGGAAGAUUUUGAGCUUUCUGAAGAUAUUAUAGUAGAGUUUGAAAAAAUUUCUUUUGUAGCAAGAAGAGGAUCUUCACAGUCUCAACCACAACCUUCUGAUUGUGCUUAA